GAUCAGCGUUCAACUGUGCUCAUCUCCAUGUUGGCUCUCCUCUCCACCCGCGUUCUGAUUUCACGGUACCGCUGGUUUUUCAUUCCACUUGACUCUUUCAUUUCUCCGACUCUUAUUCUCAGUUCCUCUGGCUUAGCUCCUAUGGAGAACCAUGCCGAUAAGAACACCAAUUUCAAGAGCUCUUCAUUCUUGUCUCACGCUCAUGCUAGUCCAAGUGGUGGUAGGGGAAGGGCCUUCGAGAUGAGAAACGAAAGAGAUAGAACAAGAGGUCGGGGCGGUGGAGGUGGGGGAGGAAGUGGCUCUGGAAAAGAUAAAAUUGACGCCCUUGGGAGGCUUUUGACACGAAUUUUACGUCACAUGGCAUCUGGAUUGAAUUUGAAUGUGCGGAGCGAUGGUUUUGUGAAGGUUAAUGAUCUAUUGAAGCUGAAUAUGAAGACGUUUGCCAACAUUCCAUUAAAAUUGCAUACUAUCGAUGAAAUUAGGGAGGCCGUCCAAAGGGAUAACAAGCAGCGGUUUAGCCUUAUAGAAGAGAAUGGGGAGCUGUUAAUACGAGCUAACCAAGGCCACACAAUUACGGCUGUUGAGACCGAAAGCUUAUUGAAACCAAUCCUUUCAGCUGAAGAAAUUCCUGUCUGUGUGCAUGGGACCUACAGAAGAAACUUGAAUUCAAUUUUAGAAUCUGGUCUGAAGCGCAUGAAGAGAUUGCACGUUCACUUUUCAUGUGGUCUACCUACAGACGGUGAAGUAAUAAGUGGUAUGAGGCGGGAUGUCAAUGUCUUGAUCUUUCUAGAUGUUCGAAAAGCUUUGGAGGAAGGUAUGAAGCUUUACAUUUCUGAAAACAAGGUGAUAUUGACAGAAGGUUUUGAUGGGGUUGUGCCAGCCAAGUAUUUUGAGAAGAUAGAAUCAUGGCCAAGCAGACAACCAAUUCCAUUCUAAAAUUACUGUAUGAUUUCGUUAGUUUUCUUUGUUGGGCAGAAUUAUGUAAUGCCUUAUCACUACAUGUAAUUUUGUGCUAGAUAGGAAAACUUUGCUGAGGCAGAGCAUAUAGUUCCCCCUUGUGGGGUGAGCUGCUUCUUUUUUCUUUCUUUCUUUUUUAAAUUAAAAAAAAUAAAUUUUAUCAAUUUUUUGAA